GACCAGGCACCGGCCCUGCGCGGCCUCCCGGGCUCUCGACCACGUCCCAGCGCACGUCCCAGCCGGCCUGGCCCUGUCCCCGCAGGCCCAAGAUUCUCUGGGUCCCUGAAGACCAUCCCUAGGGCCUGAAGGUCGCCCCAACAAGUCCUUCUCUGCCAGGGUCCAGCACUGACCUCUUCUGGCAGCACCCAGACAGGAAGCUCCUAGAACAUGGCAGGUAAGAAAGUACUCAUCAUCUACGCGCACCCAGAACCCGGGUCUUUCAAUGCGGCUCUGAAGAACGUGGCUGUGGACGAGCUGAGCAAGCAGGGCUGCGUGGUCACUGUCACCGACUUGUAUGCAGCCAACUUCGAGCCUCGGACCACAAGGAAGGACAUAGCCGGCGCCCUCUGUGACCCCGAGCAUUUCAACUACGGAGUAGCAGCACACCAUGCCUACAAGGACGGGCGGCUGAGUUGUGACAUCGUCGCCGAGCAGCAGAAGGUGUGCGAGGCUGAUCUGCUCCUCUUCCAGUUCCCCAUGUACUGGUACAGCAUGCCGGCGAUCAUGAAGGGCUGGAUGGACAGAAUUUUCUGCCAGGGCUUCGCCUUCGACUUCCCCGGGUUCUUUGACGACGGCCUCCUCAAGGGGAAACGGGCCAUCCUGUCCCUGACCACAGGCGGCACAGCCGAGAUGUUCUCCAGCACGGGCGUCAACGGAGACAUUCGCCGCUUCCUGUGGCCCAUCCAGCAUGGAACCCUGCACUUCUGCGGCUGCCAAAUCCUGGCCCCGCAGGUCAGCUUUGCCCCUGACACCUCGUCCCAAGAGGAGCGGACCAAGAUGGUGGAGGCGUGGACACAGCGGCUGGCGACCAUCUGGCAGGAGGAGCCCAUUGUCUGCGAGGCCCCCUGGUACUUCGGGCAGUAGCCCCAAGGAGGGCAUCCAGCAGUGGAGAGGACAGUGGGGACCAUCAGUGCCUGGGCUAAGGGCCAUGGCAGCCCAGCAAGGUGGGCCCAACGUUCCUCUUAGACCUGGGCAGCUGCUGGCUUGGGGUCCCCCGGGCUUCCUCUUCUUUGCACAGAGCACUAGCCUGGGGCCACUAAAUGAAGGAACUCCAGCCUCUUCUCCCAUAGGGGCCCUGGGCCUGUGUACUUGCUUUUUCAUUUCUUUUCUCGGUUUUUGGACCGCACCUAGUGAUGCUCAAAGUUUGCUCCUGG